AAUCUCGCUACCUCUUAGGCUCCUGGCAAUUGGACCUGUGUUGUAGUCCUUAAUAUCAUACACCCUCAUCAUGUCACCCGCUACUCGAUCAUCCAAACGACUGAAAAAGCAAUCGGCCUCGCCCGCUCCUCAACAAGCCACCGACGAGGAGACUCUCUUGGCUCUUUCUGCCCGGCUCAUCCAGCUAUGUUCAGAAGGGACGCCUGAACAGGUCAAGAAGCUGUUCGACCUGGGGGCUCCGGGAUGGUAUCAGGAAGAUACGAUGGGUUGGAGUUGUCUGCACUUCGCGGCCGAUAGGGGGGAUUGGAGGAUCGUCAAGACGUGUUUGGAGAACGGAGCUAUCUGGAACUCCGCCGACUACCUCGGUCGUACUGCCGGUGAUAUCGCUCUGUCGCUGAAUGACGAGAAGUCGUAUAUGCUCAUCCGCAACGAGGGUAUCCGCCAAGAGAUGAUCCACCACGCCAUGCAAUCCGCUAAAUCCGCCUCUUCCCCCGGCCCUUCCUCUCAGCCCGCUGUAGCCGAAUCCUCUUCGUCCCAGACCGAGAACGCUACCGGGGAACACAUCGACGUCGAGCACGAUGAAUCCACCAACACCUAUCACCUAAAAUCCAUCGACCCCACUUCUGCCGGCGAUAACCUUACUUUCUUGCGAUCCAAGUUGACUUGGGACGUAGGUGAGGAUGGGAAAGAGAGGGUCUUGGAUGAGGAUGGGAAUGGGGUGAUGAUGGGUUGGGAGGAACCGUUGAUGGUCGCCCAUGUCGAGGCUGUGAAAGAGCGGCUCAAGGAGAAGAUCGAGCGGGGAGAAGAGGUCAGCGUGUUGAAUAUCGGGUUUGGGUUGGGGAUCAUCGACACGUUAUUACAAGACCAACUCCAUCCAGCCCGUCAUACCAUCAUCGAAGCCCACCCCUCCGUCCUCACCCACAUCCAAUCUACGCCGUUCCACAACAAAGCCGGCGUCGAGGUCCUCCCCGGACGUUGGCAAGACUGGUGCCAAGGGGACAAGCUGGCCGAGCUGAUAGGCAAGAGCGCGGGUGGAGCGGGAUACGAUUUCGUCUUCAUCGAUACGUUUGCCGAGGACUAUGAAGAGUUGAAGGCGUUCUUCGAGAUCGUGACUGAUCUGCUCGAAGGACCCGAGAGCGUGUUCUCGUUUUGGAAUGGGCUGGGCGCGACGAACCCGCUGAUUUACGACGUAGCGUGCAACUUGGCCGAGAUGCACAUGGAUGACGUCGGACUACAGACCGAAUGGAAGGACGUCUUGGUCGACGAUGCGACGGCUGUCGAGAUCUGGAACGGAGUAAAGAGGUCUUAUUGGAAUCUGCCGGUGUAUCGGAUGCCAGUGGCUAGUUACUCGAUGUAGGCCAGUCACUUCACAUGUAUGCAGCUGUAGAUGGAUACAUGCCGUAUUCUGGAGAGGUCAGAGAGCAGAUUUGAGGACGACUGCUGCAUGACCCUUAUCGAUCCCAUUCCUUUCA